GGCCCUGCCCUCUCUCCAUUUUCCCUUUCAGAUCAUUGCUGGCUGGUGCCUUCUGUAAAGUUGCCAUCCCAGAGAACAGAAAGUACGUAUGUGAGAGUUCAGGUUGUGGCAGCGUGGCAAGAGGGUGGCUACUACCAAUCAUAGAAGCCGAAAGAGGAGACAAAAGACACAGAGAUCACUUUGACCCAAGCAUGGAGGCUGAGCUAGAGUUCCCAAAACAGCUGGAAGAGGAUUCACCCGACAAGAAUGCAGGCCAGGAUCAAACCCAAACAGAACCUGCUGAGCUCAGUAAGAAAGAUCCAAGCGAGUGCCCUCCCUUCCUAUGGGAGACCCUAAGCAAGCAGUUCAUGGAAUAUGGGGAGAUGGAUCCUGCAGAGCUACAAAGCCAACUUCUGACUUUCUUGCCCAUAUUUCUGAAGGCCUGGGAUCAGUCAGCUGGCAACAUCUGCUUUCCAAACACCCACCUUUUAGCAAGCGAGACUUCGAAGCUUCUGGCAAAAGAAAUCAAGAAGAAGCUGAAUGGGAAGCCUGCAGGAGAAGCCCAGCUGGCUGUGUGGCAAUUUCUGCAACGGAAGGAAGAAGAAGAGCCGGCUGAUGGUUAUGUGCUCCUGAGAUCUGUCUACUUACUUUCCCUUGAUCACAUGGAACGAGGAACCCGGUGGAAUAUAAUCAAAUCUGGGCUACCGGUCGCCCUGUUCCAGUGCCUAUAUUUCUUCUUUGCCUUUCCCCUGGAGGAAGCCGGUGGAAAGACUGGGAUGAGUCAAGCUGAACGUCAGGCACAGGAAAUGUUUGUGCAGACGAUGCUCAACAUUUAUGCAGAAGAGCAAGGGGUGGAGGAGCUUCUCACGGCUACUGACCUUCAGUCUCUAAUCAUAGCAACAGCCUCCUUCUGGGACCGAGGUAGCCCUUCCUGGAAAGGCCCCACAAGCCAUGUGCUCCGGACAAUUUCAAAGGCCCAGUCCAGAAACACAAUUUCAUACUUGCAAGCUAUGGAUUGCAUCAAAAUUUCCGUUCAGAAUUUGUCCAAGCUUGCUGACUCCCUGUCUCCUCGUGAUGUAUGUGAAGCAGUCAACAUCAUCCUGUGCUUUGUGAGGGAUUCAUACCUGAUCUCUCCUGCCUUGCUUUUGGAGUUUGAGAACAACGGGGGCUAUCAGCUCCUGCUGAAAGUGUUUCUCAGAUAUGAAGGGCUGCUGAGCAGCAAAGAAGAUGCCAGUGUUAAAGAAAUGCUGGAUUUCCUGGCACAACUGACUGUUUGCGGGAAAACAGAACUGAAGGUUUCAGGCAAUAUUACACCUCCCCAGCUGCCGCAAUUCAGUGCUAAACAGUCCCCUUCUCCAGGAAAUACAGUGAAAAACUUGAAAGCCUUCCAGGUCUUAGAGUCCCUUUUCCGGAAAUCCAGCAACGCAGAGCUUUGCCGGCACAUCUUACUGUCCCUGAAAGAUAUUUGGACCUGGAACCCCAUGAACUUCUUCCUCCUGGAGUGGUCUCUGCAGCCCAUUUCCCAGUUUGUGGGCAUCAUUCCUCGCAAGCCCACGCUGGUCCAGAGACAGUUCUUCCAGUUGGUGGAGUCCUUGGUGCUGGAUCUCUCGUACACCCCCCAUGAGAUCCUGAAGGAUAUUCAGGGAUUGAUCAAGGAGAGUCCCGAUCCGUUGUGCACUUCGCUUGCUCUGCGCUGCCUCCACAACAUCACACAGAGGGACCUGCUCUUCACAGAUAUCUUCAGAGACUCGGGGCUCUUGGGAAUGCUACUUGCGCAACUACGCAAAGAGGCGAAGAUAUUGAGAAAGAAAGGUGGAAACCAAUCAGCGUAUCAGGAUCAGGCGAUGGAAAGAGAGCUCACCAAUAGGACACUGAAGCUGGUGGCUGCUCUUACAGGAGGAUCUGUUAGGAACACAGUGGUUCUCAGAGACUACGGGAUGGUGCCAUAUAUCAAGAUUUUUAUAGACGAUGAAUUGUACCGAAAUGACACCCUGACUAUCCUGGAGCAUCUGUCAAUUAUCAACCCCGAGGAGUACAUGAGCAUCAUGGUUGGGGCCUUGUGCUCUUCUACCCAAGGGGAACUCAACUUCAAGCUGGAUCUACUUAAGUCUCUUCUGAGGACACUGGAUAAUCCCAAGGGCCGUUCAGCCUUCAGAACCAGCAGUGGUUUUAAUGGGCUGCUCUCUCUGCUGGCUGACAUGGAAGGCGCGUUGCAGGAUCCGCCCUCAAGCCUGUGGGCCCCGUUUGGUCCUAGCCACAUAAUGGAGCUCGUACUGCACAUACUCCAAGCGAUAGCGGCUGCUAUCUAUUCGGACGCUGUCAACGGCGAUUUUUUCCAAAAGAACGGGCUCUUUGACAAGAUGGCGGAGGAACUUGGCUCGCUAGGCUGCUUCUCAGAACAGAAGAGGGGACAGAUUCCAGUACAGCUCCGCGCAACACGGUUGUUUGCCGAGUUUUCGAAUGCAGCUGUUUCCUCACCCGAGUCCUUUCCUACCUGGCUUAAAAGCUGCGUAAUGAUACUCAAUUUCCUUGACAACAUGGCCAGGAGGAACCCCUUCGAACUCAAGAGCUACUUGGUGGACAUGAAGCCAGGUGUAGAUCAAGUCCCUCGAGAUGUGAAAGAAAAUAAACCAGAAGAAACUGAAGACAACUUGGAGCAUGUAGGUGAAAAUAGAGCACCUGCAGACCUACAGCCAGAAUUCAAAGACAGGUUAGAUGCUGAGGACUGGGCAAUUGUGUGUCCUGGGGCUCUUUGUGUCAUGGUGAAACUGAUUUGCAAGCUCUACAAUGAGGCUCACCCAGAACUAUCAUGGGAAAUCCAAUAUGCUGUGGCCAAUCACAUCCAGUCCUUGAUGAAGAUGGAGAAGAAUCGCCAAGUGGCGUGUGGGGCUGGCAUGCUGAACGCUCUUGUUGCCUCCUGCUUAGAGGUCCUGCACAAUGACAACAACCCCUUGCAUCUGCCUCUAAUCAGACUCUUUGAGAAACUUGCGUCCCAGUCAAUUGAGCCCAGUGUCUUAAGACAGUUUCUUUGCCUCAGGACAACAUGGCUGCCCGUAGCAUCGGGGCCCGGUGUAAGCCCACCCACAACUUCUCUCUGUCGCAGAAGUGGCUCCUGUCAUGCAUCUUGGAAUGAAGGUUCCGAAGUCACUAUAAUGAACGGUUCCCCAAAUCUUCAUCGGGCUUCCCUGGGCUCAGACGCAUCCUGGAUAUCCAACAGCUCCGCCGUAGCUCUCCAGGCAGCCAUGAGCCUGGUCUCCAUGACGACGCCACGCAGCCUGGAUUCCCAUCAUGCCUGCCUGGCACCUUCAUUUGUGGAAUUUGACAUGUCCCUGGAAGGAUACGGCUGUCUGUUUCUUCCAGCAUUGUCUACUGUUCUUGGCCCCAACGCUGAAUCCUCCAUCUUGGGAGGAACUGGAAAAGGCCCCAGGCCGUUCCCCCCGUUGGAUGGCCUGACUUUCUCCUCCUGGUUCCUGGUCAGCAAGUUGGGCUCUGUUCACAGUGGCCACCCACUCCGGUUCCUCACGCUGGUGCGUCACAUGGCGAGGACAGAAGAAGAAUUUGUCUGCUUUGCCGUGAGCUUUUCUCCCGUGGAUGGUUGCCUGACCAUCUCCACUGAGGAAGUGACAUUCCAGGCCCUAGACAUGAUGGAACCUGAAUUUGGAGACCUUGGGCGGUCCUCUGCCUUAUCUCAAGUCCAGUUCAGAUGCGCCAACCUGCUAGUGACCAGGCAGUGGCACCAUCUGGCGGUGACCGUGGCAAAAGAAACGAAACAGACCUGCACCACUUCAGCCUAUGUCAACGGGCAGAGAGUUGGCUCUGCGAAGAUGCACUACAUCCAGCCUCUCCCAGGGAGCUUUGUCUCCAUGGACCCAUCUUCCUUUAUCGAUGUCUACGGUUAUGUGGCUACCCCGCGGAUUUGGAAACAGAAGAGCUCCUUGACUUGGUGCCAGGGCCCGAUGCAUUUGUUUGAAGAAGCUCUCUCCGUGGGAACUCUGCAACGUAUUGCCAGCCUUGGUCCAAGAUACUGCAGCAACUUCCAAGCGGUGGGGUUUAAAGGCGCAAGCUCUUGUAGUAGUGUACUGACUGCAGCCUUGGUAGCACAGGAGAAGAUUUCAUUUGGAAUCAACGUCAUGAACUCAUCUUACACCACGAUCAAAAAUAUAAAAGACUUCUAUGGCGAGGUGGAUGGUCGCCUGAUCGCUAAAGAGCUGGAGCUCUCUUCCCGUGACAGCACAACGCCAGUUUUCAUGUCUCGAAAUACUGCAGGGAAACUUGCAGGUCCCUUAAGAACUAUUGGAUCAGUUGCUGUAGGCUUGUACGGGACCCGGGUGUUCCAGUCCUGCCCAGCAGCUGUCAGUCUGAACUACAUAGGAGGCCCUGCUAUUAUGCUGGGUCUCCUUGCCAUGGCCCACGAUGACCACACUGUGUACGCUGCUGUCAAAGUCUUGCACUCCGUUCUCUGCAGCAGUGCAAUGAGCGAAAAUCUAAUGAGACAGAUUGGUGGGUACCAGCUCCUGGCAUACCUGUUGAAAAGAAAGAUCCAUUUGUUAAACAGCAGAAUUCUGCAACUCGUCUUCGCCAUUGCGGGCAUUACUGAGAUCAGCCUGGAGGCCCCCACCAUCAAGAACUUGGAGGCAUUCCAGCAUAUUGUCUGCUGCUUUGAGCUUUGGUGCCGUGCCCCUGAAAAUAUGGAGAUUUCUCUCUUUGAACACCUAACAGAAAUCCUACAAACUUCAAGAAAAGGAAGCUGGAAUAUGAAACUUGCUCAUCGGGUGCAGAUGGUACCCAGGCUAUUUAUUCUCUUCAGUGACCCUGAGAUUACACGCCCUCGCAUCGGCAGGAUCUGUACAGUACUGUCCCAUUUGCUACGCAGCCAUUUCAGCAUCAAAGAUAUUGAUUGGGUUGGCUUGUUCUUGGUUUACACUUUAUACCCUUCCUCUGUGGAUGAAAGCCAUACCUGCCCGGACUCUGAAGAUGGCUUAGGACAAACAUCUGGAAAAAUGAUUUGGCUACGAAACCAGCUGCUGAGAAUGCUGCUAGAUAUGAUGCGUUCCGAUCAACUUUGUUUUUCCUCUGAGAUCCAGGAAGAGGUAUUCCAGACUCUGGGGCCUGACUGGUUCAUGAUGUUCACACAAAGUCACCUACACCCAAGCACAGUUGUGCUGGCUGUGAAGUUUCUACUUCAUUUUCUCCACAAUCGCACACUCCUGCAUAAAUUCAAAGAGGGGAUGAUGGCUGGCCUCUGGCUUGAGAACAGCUCGGCGGGGCUGAAUCUUUUGAUGGAUAAUUUAAAGAGCUGCCCCCAUACCCCUGAGUACAACCCAUACCUGCUGCCUGGAUUUGCAGAGCUCAAAACAUUCCUGAGCAAGUUCGUUCAUGUCCCUGAGAUCUACUUCCUUCUGUCAGGACUGUUUUUGGCCACCCCAGUGUUUGAGCCACCAGAUGAAACCAAGGCAGAUUUGGACUCAAUGUUACAAUGGUUGUUGUACAACCACUGUAAGGAUGCUGUGGCCAGAGUUGGGCUGUGCCCGGAAGGAGCGGUUCUGCUGCUCGAGAUGGUGAAGUCCAUAGUGAAACAGGCUCCAGCAGAUACAGAAGAUUCUUGGGAGAUCACUUACCCAGGGCACACUAUGCAGUUCAUCUACCUCGUAUAUCACAAAUACUCCGAGGAUCCCCUUUGGUACAACUCUGACUUCCUCCAAGCCUUGGCCCUGGUCAUCUUUCCCUCUGCAAUAUCUCAGGGCAGGAUUUCACCUUCCGACAGCCUGGUGACUGACUCUGACAGUAAGAAAAAUGAUGCCUUUUCCGCUUCCCUGCACCCUGCUAGGAAACAAGUGUGGGACUUCCUACGCCUCCUCCUGAUGGAAAAAAUGCUCGUUUUCUCUGCUGAGAGACAGUGGCACCCCUUGGAGUUACUUCUUGAGGCUUCAGAAGAGAACGCCACCGCUGAGCAGAAGAGGUGCUUCCAGACAGAGCUAUUACUGUCCAUCAUAGAUAUCUUCUACAUAAUUGGCCAAGAUGAUGGGGAGGCAUCAAACACACAAGGGAACGGUGAUGCCAAAAAUGUUUCGGAGUCGGCCGUGCCUUCAUUUCUCGUGAACAUUUCCUAUUUUACCCAGAAGCUGGUAGAGAAGCUUUAUGCAGGAAUGUUUGCCGCUGACCCUAGAAAAGUGAUUCUUUUCCUUGCAGAGCAAGUGAUCGUGGUCACAGAAAAGGGUUUUCUCCACAAGGAAGCCGUCCUAAGCAUUCUGUACAGCAGCUUGAACCGAGCCAUUCUAUUCUACCUAUCUACUUCCCUUCCCGAUCAGCAGAGGCUGCUCAGUGUCCUUCAGACUCUACAGCAGCAGUGGGACGUCAUCUUUGCAACGCACAACUCUAGCUUGGACUUCACCAUCUGCCUUCUGUAUUGCCUGUUGCAACUCAGGCCCAUGAGCGAUCCAGAAAACUACGAAGCAAAGCAGAGAGCAAUGUCUUAUUCCCGUAUUUUCCUGGAGGGGAGGAUGGAUGAUAACUCUGCUUUAAAGAAUGUUCAGCAAGACAUCUGGAAGGCAACCGAAGCCAUCUGGAUUCAACUUCUCUCUCAAAGGAGAAAGGAUUUGGAAGAUGCCUACAAGAUGUCUCUCUCCACAGAGACAGCAGACAGUGCUGAGCAAGUGAAGAUGACCGACAUGAGUCCUUUCUGGGAAGAAAUCAUGAGAAAGGCUUGGAGGCAUUACCUAGCGUCAGAGAAGAAAUUUCCCCAGAGCAAGGUUCCAGCUCAGCCUUCAGACAAGCCGCGUUCUUGGAGCGGAAGCUUGUCUUCAGCGGUGAAACUGACCCCCAGCCAGAACCUUAAGCAGACGGGAUACAAAAUGCAGGACUUUGCAUCGCGUUUGGAAGAAUACAGGAGAAGUGGUCAAGAACUGUAUGCGCUUUUGUGCAAGGACCAUGCUGAGAGGUUAAUGUGUGGGUACAACAAAUCUGCAAAAGCCUGGGCAGACCUUGAGGAGCAGCUGUUUCGGAGAGGAGGACCUUGGGCGUCUGCCUUAGCCCCUUCUACUUCAAGGUGGAUUCUGGAUGGAUACGAAGGCCCUUCCCGGAUGAGGAAGAGGGUUUGGCUCAGAGUCACCUAUCAUACAGCUGUGUCAACAAGGAACAAGUUGCAUAAUUCCUCUGCUCGGGCUCAUCAGCCGCAGGACAGAACAUUUGCUGUAACCCCGGAUGAAAGCCCAGGAGAGCCAAGGCUGAAUGGAAGAGAAGGAGAGAUGGAUUGUGGGCAGUUGACAUUCUUCCCUGCCCUGCAUGAAAGUUUCCAGUCGGAAGAAUUUUUGGAAAUGUGCACAGAGCGGAAAAUCAUCCUGCAAGAGUUUGUACAGGAUGAAAAGAUUACAUGCAGGCAAUCGGUGGUGGUCGUUCAGGGACACAUUGUGUUGGAAGGAGCGCUUCUCUUUGGCCAAGAACAUUUCUACAUCUGCAAGAAUUUCACUGUGUCCCCGCUGGGGGAAGUUUACUGUACAAAGCACUGCAUAACCAGCAUCGGCGAUACAUUCAUUCAUAGCUUGUGCGACAAAGACCAGGCCACGGGGCAGGCUACAUGUUCCUGCCAUUCCUACAGUGACAUUAAAGAGAUCCAUCCAAUGUGCUUUCUUCUACAGGAGAUUGCCUUGGAAAUCUUCUUCCGAAGUGGCUACUCCAUAUUCCUUGUGUUCCACAACAGUGACAGGACGAAAACCCUGAAAAGAUUUUAUUCAAAGAAGCCCAAUCUAAAAUCGAAAGGCAUCACGGAAGCAUCAAUUAAUAUAAGGAGAAGUGCUGGAAGGGAGAAGACGAUGCUCUUGAAGUGGCAGAGGAGAGAGAUCAGCAACUUUGAUUACCUCAUGUACCUGAACACUCUGGCCGGGCGCACCUACAGCGACCUCAUGCAGUACCCAGUGUUCCCAUGGGUGCUUGCUGACUAUCACUCCCAGACUCUGGACCUUACCAAUCCCAGCACCUUCCGUGACUUCGCCAAGCCCAUGGGGGCGCAAACCAGAGAGAGGAAAAGGAAAUUUCUCCAGCGUUACGAAGAAGUAGAGAAGAGCGAAGGUAACCUCUCAGCCCAGUGCCAUUACUGCACCCACUACUCGUCGGCAAUUAUUGUGGCUUCCUACCUGGUUCGCAUGGAGCCUUUCAACCAGAUCUUCUGCUCGUUGCAGGGAGGCGGUUUUGAUGUUGCCGAGCGGAUGUUCCAUAGCAUGAAGAGCACCUGGGACUCGGCCUCAAGAGAUAACAUGACGGACGUGAGGGAGCUCAUCCCUGAGUUUUUUUACCUCCCCGAAUUCUUAACAAACUGCAACCAGUUUGCACUCGGAAGCUUGCAAGAUGGGACCUCGCUGGGUGACGUGCUGUUGCCACCCUGGGCAGAAGGAAGCCCUCAUAAGUUUAUCAGCUUGCACAGACAGGCACUGGAGAGCGAUUACGUCAGCAACCAUAUCCACCACUGGAUAGAUCUGAUCUUUGGCUACAAGCAACGUGGCCCAACUGCAGUGAAGGCUGUGAACGUCUUUCAUCCCUAUUUCUAUGGGGAUCAGGUGCACCCGGACAGCAUCAGCGACCCGCUCAUCAAAAACACCGUCUUGGGGUUUGUCAGCAACUUCGGACAGAUCCCAAAGCAGCUUUUCACCAAACCACACCCAGCCAGGAAUGCCUUGGGGAAGCAUACAAUGAGCAGAGACAGCAUCCUCUUCUCUCAAACAGCUAGUCAGUUGCUACCAACACUCAACCACCUGCGUAAUCUGAAGCCUUCAUCAAUUGCUGUCAAAGAGGCACCUCAAGGACCUGUGGGUCACAUUGUGUGUACUGAAAAGGGAACUUUGGCUGUGGGGGGGAACAAAAUUUUGAUCCCCCCACAGUGGAAUAAAGUGUUUUGCUGGGGUUUCGACGACUUCACCUGCUGCCUAGCUGCUUCCGGAUCAGACAAGAAGGUGACCACAUUUGAAGCCACGGCUGAUUGGGGGGUUUGCCUCUGUGCUGUGUGCCCCACACCAACGACACUCAUCACCUCUGGAAGCAGCUCUGUGUUGUGCGUCUGGGAGCUGUCUGUGGCGAGAGGUGGAGAUGCUUGCUUGAACCUGAAGCAGCCUUUGUAUGGGCACACACAGCCUGUGACCUGCUUGGCUGCCUCCACGUCCUACAGCAUCAUCGUGAGCGGAUCCGCGGACAGAUCCUGCAUCAUCUGGGACCUGAACCAGCUGACACCCAUCGCCCAGCUUCCUGCCCACGAGGCCUGCCUCUCGGCUGUUGCCAUCAAUGAUUCAACGGGUGACAUUGCCUCUUGUGCUGGGACAGCCCUCUACUUAUGGAACGUCAAUGGACAGCCUCUGGCUACAGCAACCUUCAGCCCUGGAGCCACAAUUUCGUGCUGCUGCUUCAUGGAAGUGAUGGACUGGGACGUGCAGAGCCUCAUAGUCACGGGAGACACAGGUGGGGCUGUAAAGGUCUGGAAAGUUGAAAAUAAUUCACACCCGUGCCAGGACAUUAGUAUGAGAUCACAAAAUAACUCUUCUGAAUGCCAAGGGGAAACGGGCAACAAGGUGGAGAAACCAUUCACCCUCUGCCUGGAGAUGAAUCUCAGCAUGACUCCGUCGGAGAGAACUAGCAAAACCAUUCCAGCUGUAACAGCCCUGGCGGUUUCCAGGAAUUAUUCCAAGCUCCUGGCAGGCGAUGACACAGGAAAGCUCUUCUGCUGGUCAGUAGAUGAGUAGGAAGAACCAUCGUCUGGUCCUCGAUGGCCUCACCCGGACUGUUUCAGCACAUAGAGAUGUGCAACUGUGAGAGAUGUACAGAGAAUGAUGAGCCACAAUGUCAGGCAGAGACCGAUGUAGGUCUUGGGUAUAAUCUUUGCCAUUGCCUAAGCCUAGUAUUUCAAAAUGUGGUAUGAGCCCAAAGACUUCCUCCUGACAACCAAUGCUGGAGGUUAAGGAAAUGUCUUUAUUGCCAGCAUUUAUUCUUUCCAGGAAACUUGGCAACUGCGGACCCUGGCCUGUGAACCCUCUAAAACAGGCAUGCCCAACAGGUAGAUUGUGAUCUACUGGUAGAUCACUGGACGUCUGCGCUAGAUCACUAGUAGAUCAGUGGCUCCCCCCAAAGAAGCUAAAAAACUUUGGCUCCCCUAAAAAAACUCAACACCUUUGUCCUGCACCCCUAAAAUGACCUGAACCACCAAAAACAGCGCUUUCCUUCCUAAGAAAAAAGCUCAGUCGCUUUCCUCCUUCCUAAAGAAUCUCAAGAACUUUUACGUGAAACAGGGCUUUCCUUCCUAAAAAAAAAAAAAAAAAAAACCUCAACAACUUUGAUCACUGCCAGUUUUUAACUCUGUGAGUAGAUCGCAGUCUCUUGGGAGUUGGCCACCCCUGCUCUAAAACUUACUGUAACCAUGGGGAAAGGGGGGGGGUGUUACCUCAGAUCCAACCCAGCUCCAUUUUCUCUCCCCACUGCACCCAAUUCAGUCUACAAAGGUCUGUUCAUCUAGGGCAGGCAUCCCCAAACUUAGGCCCUCCAGAUGUUUUGGACUACAAUUCCCAACUUCCCCAACCACUGGUCCUGUUAGCUAGGGAUCAUGGGAGUUGUAGGCUAAAACAUCUGGAGGGCCGCAGUUUGGGGAUGCCUGCUCUAGGGCAUGAUAAUUUUUUUGAAGUGCACUGCCAGUGUGCCCACCGGUUCCUCCUAUGGCACCCACAAAAGGCAUUGGUAAAUGCCCUCUCAAAAAAUCCACAAGGGACAAGACAGCUCUUCCUGCUGGGUUCCUGUUUGCACUGCCUUGGCCGCUCUUAAAUUGAGCAUGCCCCCUUAAACUCACUCGCAUGUGUGGAUUGGACACCCCCCUCUCCCUUCCCUUGCAAACAGAAGAGCCAUUCAAAGAGCUUCUCUCUGACCUACAUGUGCUGAUAACUGAUAGAGGUUCCUUUCCCCCAUUGAUGGAGGAGCCAUGGCCACACCAUUUGGUGGUCCUGCCUCCUCCUCUGCUCUUUUGGAUGUGGCGGCUAUUUUCAGAAGUGCUGCCAUGAUCCCCUGGCAGCCAUCCCAUGACCCUUUCCCCAAACGUGUCCAGAGCAGGUCACUUGCCCCCCCAAAAGGGUUGGUAGCCCCUGCCCUGUGAUAAAUAGUAUCAAACUUUGAUUUGGUAUGUGACUGAUCCUGCAUUUUCCUGGACCAGCUCCUUUUUCUGAUGCAAUUUGGGGGCCUGUGCUAAAGAAAAUAAAGGUUUCUGUCUACUGUGGCUGUCCAAAGGGUUUUCUUUUGUACUCGAGGCCCAGUAACACAUUAGAUCAGGCUUCCUCAACCUCAGCCCGCCAGAUGCUUUUGGCCUACAACUCCCAUGAUCCCUAGCUAGCAGGACCAGUGGUCAGGGAUGAUGGGAAUUGUAGUCUUAAAACAUCUGGAGGGCCGAGGUUGAGGAAGCCUGCAUUAGAUACUUAUUCAUGAAACAAAAGCCCAGUGGAACAUCACAUGCUCUCCCCAGAAUAUUUAUGGGGGGAAGGAUCCUACCUUCAGCAGAUCCACAGUCAACAGCCUCGUGGGUGGGUAUCAUGCCUCACCAGCUCUUUUCAUGGUUUUUUUUAUUCUGUAGCUUUAAAUCAUAGAGACUAAGGAAACCCAUGCAGGUAGGCAACUUGAGAUGGAUCAAAACACCAAACUCUGGUACUGUAAACAGACGCAGCCCUGAGCUGGAGGAACUGGUAGUACAGUGUAAUAGACAGACAAGGCACUGCCUAUGGAGUUUGCAACAAACCAUGGAGAGACAACUUACAUUGGCCAAAACCCAGAUGCCCUGUAGUAUUCAGUCGGGGCCUUUUGACCACCAUCUCCACCCUUAUCUAUGCUGGUUUUCUUACCACCAAAUGCAUUGACACCGGAUGUAUUUUGUCCUUGGUUCCAGGAAUCAAGUGACGUUUCAUUGAGGUGGGUAUUUUGGCUGUGCCCAAAGCUGCUUCCAUGCAUUUUCUCCCAUCUUUUUCACAGUCUGCAGGUGUCUUGGAAGUAAUUCUAAUUGUUUGUAAAAUACGGAACUGAUUUUCAAUGUAUUGUUUUUAUAUAUGGCGUUGUUUUUUU